AGCGGUCGAUUAACAGGCCUUUUAUUCAGAAGCAUUUUUAACAAGUGUGGCGUAAAGUCUAUUUCUCGGGUGGUUACGUAGGAAGUUUCCUUAUUUUGUGAUCUUAAAUAGUUGAAAUGUGUUAUUUUUCGACUUAACUUUACGCAAAUGAAGAGCAAAACUGACCGAAUGUUGGAUUCUGGUGCCAAUGGUUCCGACUCUAGAUCGAAGAAGGAGUUACGACUGGAGCGUAAAAAACGGAAAAUCCUGGCACUUGCUGAGGUGAUGCAGCUGAAUGAGCAGGAAAGGACUAGUUGCGCUGUUUCAUCGCAAACCACUGAACUAGAAAAAACGGCUUCAGAGCGGAAAGAACCUUCUCUUUCCAACAAAGGGGAAGAACCUGAGGAGAAAAAAAUGAAACCAACUCUGACUGAAGAAGCCGAUUACAAGUCCUUAAAAGCGGCAGUCAACCAAAAACGGGACAGGAUGCGUAACAUCCCCAGACUCCGACUAAAGGAAGUGGGCGAAGAAGCUUUAAUGAAAACGAAACCUGAAGAUCGGGUCCCACUGUUUCUGGAUGACGUUCAGUCUCUGUUGAUGCACACCUUGUUGAAGACCGAUUCACCGAUGACCCCGAGUCGGUGGGCCGUGUUGGAAAAAGCAGCUAAACUAACUCACACAACUGUGCUCCUGAUUGAGGGUUUGACUUCCGACGAUUUCGUGAAUCACGAUUCCGAUUUCAAGGAGUGCAAAAAAUUGUUCCAAAAUGUUUUGCAGAUAGUGGCACCAAGUGAUCGGUUGGUCGAAGAGCUCGCUUGCAUUCCCCUGAGUGACUCGCACAAGGAUAUUCUGGUUGCCGAAUACGGUUCCCUGGAGGCAGCAAUGCUCGUUUGCAAAGAUAAUCUAUUGAUUCGGCGGAGUAUCUUCAACAACAUCGAUUACACCGACGAAGCGAACGAGCAGCUCCUCGAUUACGGUGACAUGGAUUUGCCGCCGGGUGAUAAAUUUCCGAGGACGCAGCUGCUGUUGUCCCCGAUACAGAUGAUCAAUGAAGAUUACCCGCUACCCCUUAUUGGUAACUUAAAACAUCGCUUCGCUGGUUAUAUAACUACCAAUGACCACUACGCGCCGGUCACGCCAAAAUCGCCGCUGUUCGCGUUGGACUGCGAAAUGUGCCGCACCAGUAUCGGAGCUUCCGAACUGACCCGAGUAUCGAUUGUCGAUGAGCAGGGUAACGAGUUCUACGAAACGUUGGUUAGACCGGAUAACAAAAUUGUCGAUUACGUAACCCAAUUUUCCGGUAUUACUCCGGAAAUGAUGAAAAAUGUUUCGAAAACUUUGAAAGAUGUACAUAAGGAUCUUAAGAAUAAAUUUCCACCGGAUGCAAUCUUAGUUGGCCAAUCGUUAAAUUUUGAUCUCCAUGCGUUGAAGGUGAUGCACCCAUAUGUGAUCGAUACAAGCACUCUGUUCAACAUAACUGGAACUGUAGGGACGAAAACCAAACUUAAAGUGUUGACAAAAAAGUUCCUAGAACGAGACAUCCAGUGUUCCUCCGGAGGUCACAAUUCGAUCGAAGAUUGCGUGGCUUCUCUAGAAUUGGUCAAACUAAAGCUUUCGAAAAAUAUUUAUUUUGGAGAUCAGUGGUUACAGGACAGGCGCAACUACCACAAAAAGGCCAGUAAGGUAGGGAUAGCAACGCAGGAAGAAGUGAAACAACUCAGUACCGAACCUGUGGCAUCUGAAAUCACAACCACUUUAUUCGGUCAUACUAGUAAGAAGAAUAAAAAAGCCACAAUUGUUACCAACGCCAACAAUUUAGACAAUUUCGAAGAAUACUUCGGAGGAGCGAUUGAAUCAAAUCCUGAAGUGAAACGACUCUUGGGAUUCAAUAAAGUUAGCAGUGAGGAAGCAGUAAUUGAGUAUACUGUUCAAAAUUGCCUCAACUAUGAUUUUAAUUUGAGCUGCAUUCAACUAAAUCCAAAAGAGCUUGAGACCGAUGAGAUGAAGGGUCAAAAAAUUUCUCAAAUUGACGGAUGGAUUCGGGCGCUUUACGAAGCCAUUUCCCUAAACGGCUUGCUGGUUGUGCUUCUAGCCGGAGGAGAAGUAAAUCAGAGCAGCAGAAUGGCUGUCGCUAUGAUUCAAACUAAAAAACCUUAGUUAGAAUAAAAAAGUUGUUGAUUUUUUGUUGACAGAAUAAA